GAUGGGAUUUCAAGUGAGGAUUCCCCACUUUUGCCUAGGAAGUAUUUCCUUGUGUUAUCAUCAAUCAGCUGAUUUGAACAAACAAUGUUUCUCUAACACCCUGGAGUGGAUGAGAGAGAAGGACGAGGUUAAGGGAGGACGACAAUAGGUGGGAGAGCAAGUUCCGAGGCUGCUGGCGAAACAUGAGCUGUAUUCUAUCCUGCCAUGGAGGCUAAACAAAAUAGCCACAGAAAAAGAGUCUAGUGUACUGGGCAAACAUGACACCCGAUCUGUUGUUCAUCAGUCAGUCUGACUAAAUGUGUACUCGUGUAGACUGCUGCCCCACCUGAAAGCGGGAUGUUGGUAACGUGACUCCUUACCUAUAUAAUGCUCCGUCUCAUCAGUGUGAUAGUGCCUGAACUAGCGCGUCACGACGGUUGCUUGUACACCUGCUGGAAUAACGUCCUGCCAGGCAGUCAUCAACUUAUACCUGUGUCUCCGUGUGACUAAUGACAGUCGUCUCCUAUUUUGUCGUUUACCUGGACUCAGGUAAGCUUUAAAUGUCAACUUAACGUGCCACCAAAACCCCCAGCAGAAAAAGAGAAAAAGAACGGGAAGAUCUUAUGAGAAUCGGGACCCCUGCAGUCAGUUCUCACCGGUCCAUCUGAUCAGUUCUCACCGGUCCAUCUGAUCGAUUCGCUGCACGGGAGAGAGUAAGAUGCCGGUCCAGAUUCCGGAUGAUAGCGAUUUCGCCUCGUUCAAAGAACAAUGUGAAAACCACGAAGGAUGGAUAGCGCGGUACACCAAAGGAGGUGUGACGGUGUGGUGUAGAGACGGCGAUGAUUGCAAAGCUAUCCAGAAACUCAAGAUGAAAAUCGUGUGCAAAGAUGUCACAGCAGAAACGUUGUAUGAUGUCCUUCAUGACACCAGCUACAGAAAGAAGUGGGACUCCAACAUGGUUGACACCUUUGACAUCGGAAGGCUGACAGUUAAUGCAGAUGUGGGAUAUUACUCUUGGAGGUGCCCAAGCCCGCUGAAGAACAGGGACUUUGUCACAAUGCGGUCAUGGCUACCCCUGGGCAAUGACUACUUGAUCAUCAACUACUCCGUCAAACACCCGCAAUAUCCGCCAAAGAAGGAUUAUGUGAGAGCUGUGUCACUUCUCACUGGUUACCUGAUCCAAUCCAAUGGGCCAAACUGCAGCUCCCUCUACUACUUAACACAAGUGGACCCAAAAGGGUCUUUGCCCAAGUGGGUGGUCAACCGAGUCUCUCAGAUCGUUGCUCCAAAGGCAAUGAGGAAGAUUUACAAGGCAUGCGUGAAGUACCCCGAGUGGAAGCGGAAGCACAACCCCAGCCUGAAGCCGUGGAUGUACCCCGAGCAGAACACACUCCCCUGCAUCAGCGUGGCCGACCUCACCCUGCAGAGGGCCGAAUCCCUGGAGAACAUUGAUGAGAGGGGCCUCAGCGAGGAGAAAGGCCAGCACAACAGCGACGACGAGGAGACCUAGACUCUCCCCUGUGACCGCUCACACUCUUAAGAGUGUGUGGCGGUGUGUAAAAGCUCUGUGUGCGAGUGAGUGUGUGUACACAUGUACAUUGUUAUGCAUCACAUGACUCACUGUUUUCUUCUUUAUCUCUCAGUGUUGGUUCAAACGUACAGUAGGGUUUGCAUUCAGUUGAAUGAUGGAAUAUCUUGUACAGUUUUUUGGCAUGUGUAAUACUAAGCGCACCCAUCCUCAUACAUACAAAAUUGGGUUCAGGAAGUGUACAUCAAAUUAUUUUAAUCCAGAGAUAUUUGUACAGGGAUGAUUUUUAAAAGUUUGAACAUUCAGCAAGAGAGCUGUGGGAAAAGUUCUUUAGUGUGUCUCUGAGUUAGAACUACUUCUACUUGAAACUACUCUUUUACUACUGACUAUCUAAUAAUACUGAUUAUUACUUUAUUGUCUUCUUGUUUGGCUUGUGGCUGUUUAAAUGGAUUUGGCAAUUUAAGCAGUUAGUUCAGCUGGAAUCAAGUUAAUGCAAAGUCCCCAAUCUUCCAAUACAUGUUCUGUAGAUAAAGCUUUUUUCUGCAUUUGCUGGUAGGUACGUACGUAUAUUAUGGGGUUGCUAUGGGGAUUUAGAUGGGUAUUGGGGUAUAUGAUGGGGUUGCUAUGGGGAUUUAGAU